GGGCGCAAAGCGAGCGGGUGGAUCCGUAAAGAACUCAGCCAACCCGCAGAGGGAGGGGAGGGGCUGAGCUGUGAGGAGAGCGGGGCCCAAGAACCAUGUCUAUGCGGGAGUCCUUUAACCCGGAAAGUUACGAAUUGGACAAAAGCUUCCAGCUAACCAGAUUCACUGAACUGAAGGGCACAGGCUGCAGAGUGCCCCAAGAUGUCCUGCAAAAAUUGCUGGAAUCUUUACAGGAGAACCACUUCCAAGAAGAUGAGCAGUUUCUGGGAGCCGUUACGCCAAGGCUGGGCAUUGGAAUGGAUACUUGCGUCAUUCCUUUGAGGCACGGUGGGCUUUCUUUGGUUCAAACCACAGAUUACAUUUACCCGAUCGUAGACGACCCUUACAUGAUGGGCAGGAUAGCAUGUGCCAAUGUCCUCAGUUACCUCUAUGCAAUGGGGGUCACGGAAUGUGACAAUAUGCUGAUGCUCCUUGGAGUCAGUAAUAAAAUGACCGACAGGGAAAGGGAUAAAGUGAUGCCUCUGAUUAUCCAAGGUUUUAAGGACGCAGCUGAGGAAGCAGGAACAUCUGUAACGGGCGGCCAAACAGUACUAAACCCCUGGAUUGUCCUGGGAGGAGUCGCUACCACUGUCUGCCAGCCCAGUGAAUUUAUCAUGCCAGACAAUGCAGUGCCAGGGGACGUGCUGGUGUUGACAAAACCCCUGGGGACACAGAUGGCAGUGGCUGUGCACCAGUGGCUGGAUAUUCCUGAGAAAUGGAAUAAGAUUAAACUAGUGGUCACCCAAGAAGAUGUAGAGCUGGCCUACCAGAAGGUGAUGAUGAACAUGGCGAGGCUCAACAGGACAGCUGCAGGACUCAUGCACACGUUCAAUGCCCACGCCGCCACUGACAUCACGGGCUUCAGGAUUUUGGGCCAUGCGCAGAACCUGGCCAAGCAGCAGAGGAACGAGGUGUCGUUUGUAAUUCACAACCUCCCGGUGCUGGCCAAGAUGACUGCGGUGAGCAAGGCCUGCGGAAACAUGUUCGGCCUCAUGCACAGGACCUGCCCGGAGACUUCAGCCGGCCUUCUGAUCUGUUUACCACGUGAGCAAGCAGCUCGGUUCUGUGCAGAGAUAAAGUCCCCCAAAUAUGGUGAAGGCCACCAAGCAUGGAUUAUUGGGAUUGUAGAGAAGGGCAACCGCACAGCGAGAAUCAUAGACAAACCCCGGAUCAUCGAGGUCGCACCACAAGUGGCCACUCAAAACGUGAAUCCCACACCCGGGGCCACCUCCUAAUCUAGACAGAAAUAGCUGUUUGGUUUUGUUUUUAAAUAGAUCUAUUUCCCUUAUCACUUCAAUUAAAGACUAUAAACAACAAAAAUCUCAUUGUGUCUACACAUCGGGGUGACCUUAGGUCGGUUUGUAAGUGGAUACAAUUAAUAAAAUAAAAUCCAUUGCCUUCUUUUCCUGUUACAUUAACUGAAGAUGCACCUAAUCUUGAGGCGGCUUCUGAGUUGAGAAUUAGAUUGUUAUCCAAUACUGUUGAUUCAUUUUGAAUCUUUAGACACUUAGCUCUUGCCGCAUAUGUUCUUUUUAAAGGUGCUCUCACAUAGCACAGACAUUACCAGUAGUCGUGUCAAAUAGCAGUUGGUGUCUUCAUUUUAUGUAUAUUUAUCAUAGAAGUCUGAUGUUUUUUUUAAGCGUCUUGAAUGGUUUUCUGGAGAGACAGCAUUGGUAAGUGGCACAUGACGGUAUCCCAGUCCUAAGAGGGUUGCAUGAUUCCUUUGAGUGUUUGAUUUGAAAAGCUUAGUCUUGUCUCUCAAGAGCAUCUCGGACCCAGAACAUUCUCCAGUAGUGCAUUCAGUUUAACACAGCAAGUGCUCCACUGCAUGGAAAACACUCUGAAGACAAAAAAGAAAUCUUAUUUCUUUUUUUGUAGCCUUCCUGAUAUUUACAGUAAUACCAUUAACUGUUUUAUCGAUAGCAAAAAAGGAUACUUUUUGCAAUGUAAUUAGAUGUUCUAUAGUGCUACAAGGAAUUGCCUUCCGAAUGGAGGUUCGUGUAUAAUACUCAUUUACAAUUCAAUAUAUAAUUACGCAAAUAAUUUUUAAAUAUAAUCAAUAAUAAAGACUGUUCUGUGGAUGGUAGUGUUUAAUACAUUUUAUAUUUUGUAUAGUGAUUUCAGGCCUUUUGUUAAAAUCAGCAGCUAUUUAGCCUAAUUCUUAGCAUUAUUUUGUCCUUUGCGCCAGUACUUUUUUGUGCACGCUUUUUGUGAUCUGUGUUAAAAACCUGCAUUGCCAACAUUGCAGCUCGAACUUAAACUUGUUAUUCAAAUAAAUAUUUAAUUUUUUAAA